UAGAGGUCUCCAUCUCCAUCAUCACCAUUAUUAUCAGCGCUGCUGUUGCUGUCUUCACGACUGUGAUUAUAACAGUUAUCAUACAUUUUAUCAGUCUCGUUUUUCUUUUUGACCUGUAAGUGAAUUUUUUCCCUCCCAUGAUGAGCAAACUCGUCCUGGCGUCAUCCACGUUGCUGUUGUUGCUGUGCAUCUGGGUCACCUUGAGUCAAAGCAGUCCGGUGAGAUGCUGUACCAGAUAUUCAUCACACCAGUUUCCUCUCCUCCGACUGAAAGACUUCACUCUGCAGGACACCACCAUGAUCUGCAACAUUGAGGCUGUCAUUUUUACUACAGUGAAGAACAAACAGAUCUGCGCUAACCCUGAAGACCAGUGGGUGAAGAAAGCCAUCUCACAUAUCCAGAACACAAGAAAGUCAGCAUAAAGUGGACAGCACAUAAUCUGUGGGGGGAGAAAAUAAAAACAGUAACUCAAACACAUUAAUAAAACAUAUUAUCAUUUUCUUGUUUUUGUAAUUAAUAGAUUAAUCAUUUUGACAGCAAUGGGUUUUUCAUUAAUUCCUGCUGUUCUUUCUUGACUUAUGUUUCUUAGUUUUACAAAUGUUCACAAUACUGCUCUGUACAACCCAACAAAACCAAGCUUUACAGCAGUUCACCUGAGAAAGACUGAAACGUGUUUAACUUUUUAGACUGAAGUGACAAAAAUGUAUUUAGUUUACAGUAAACGCUAGCUAACGAGUUCUAAACCAAAAAUUUGAGAGUAUAUGCAUGAUAAUGUAAUCUCACCAUUAAAAAAAAACAGUGCAUUACCUUUGUCCUGCAACAUUUCUUCUGGCAUCCUUUUUUGUUUCCCACAAUGUCAUGUUAUCUUGUUGAAACAUUAAAAGUUUU